GUGUAACUAUUUAUUUAUUUAUUUUCCAAAUGACUCCAUGAAUGGAAUCCCCUUUUCCCAAACGCUGCGCUGCCGUCUGUGGUUUUGUGGAGAGCAGGUAGUGAGGAAGCUGCUGCCAGAUCUACACUUGCUCCCCAGCUUAGUGAAAGUGGAGCCUCCCCUGUACGCACCGACAGAUGAGCAUCCUCGACCUGUUGACUCAGUCAGUGAAGAGAAAAGUAGUGCUGCGUUUUCGCCUGCGCUAAAAUCGCUGAAGAAGUUCCUUUUGUUCUGCUCUCUCAGAGGAAGUCGAGCUUGUGCCAUGAGACGCAUCGAUGUGUUCUUUAUUAUUUCACGUUUUGAAUAGCAAAGGAGAGAGGAGCGGAGUCGCUGCCGGACUGGACCACCUGUUCUUUGCUGCGGAGAAGCCCCUUUCGGCAGUAUCUAUCUCCAUCUGUGUGUUUUGAAGAGGACAAUGGUCGAACUCGAAAAGGAGGUGCUCCCGUUGCCGCCUCGGUACCGGUUCCGAGACUUGUUGCUCGGGGACUGGCAGUCUGACGACAGGGUGCAGGUAGAGUUCUAUGUGAAUGAGAACACUUUCAAGGAGCGCCUGAAGCUUUUCUUCAUCAAAAACCAAAGAUCCAGUCUGCGAGUGCGAAUGUUUAAUUUUGCCCUGAAAGUGCUGAGUUGCCUCCUCUACAUUGUUCGAGUCCUGCUUGACAACCCACAAGAGGAGAGACAGGACUGCAUUGGAGGACUUAACUGCUCCAAGCAAAACACAUCAUCCCGUCCCUGGAGUGAGUUUGACUGGAAACUCAUCAUCUGGGUUGACAGACCUCUGCCGCUCUGGGCCCUGCAGGUGCUUGUGGCUUUCAUCAGCUUUUCAGAAACUAUGUUGCUCGUCUAUCUCAGCUACAAGGGCAACGUCUGGGAACAAGUGUUGCGUGUCCCGUUCAUUCUGGAGAUGAUCAGCACCGUCCCCUUCAUGAUCACUGUGAUUUUGCCCUCCUUCAGAAAUCUCUUCAUCCCUGUAUUUCUCAACUGCUGGUUAGCCAAACACGCCUUGGAGAACAUGAUUAAUGACCUGCACAGAGCCAUCCAGAGGACACACUCAGCCAUGUUUAACCAGGUGGUGAUACUAAUCAGCACUCUGGUUUGUCUAAUGUUUACAUGCAUCUGUGGCAUCCAGCACCUCGAGCGCGCGGGAAACAACCUGACCCUGUUCGACUCGCUUUACUUCUGCGUCGUCACCUUCUCCACCGUGGGCUUUGGGGACGUCACCCCCCAGAUCUGGCCUUCACAGCUCCUGGUCGUCAUCAUGAUUUUUGUGGCGCUCAUUGUGCUUCCCAUCCAGUUUGAGCAGCUGGCCUUCCUGUGGAUGGAGCGGCAGAAAUCCGGAGGCAACUACAGCCGCUACCGGGCACAGACGGAGAAACAUGUGGUGCUGUGCGUCAGCUGUCUCAAGAUUGACCUCCUCAUGGACUUCCUCAACGAGUUCUUCGCGCAUCCUCGGCUGCAGGACUACUACGUGGUUAUCCUUUGUCCAGCUGAGAUGGAUGUUCAAGUCAGACGGGUCCUUCAUGUCCCUCUUUGGGCCCAGAGAGUCAUUUACUUGCAGGGGUCUGCCCUCAAAGACCAGGACCUGAUGAGGGCCAAAAUGGACGAUGCUGAGGCCUGCUUUAUUCUCAGCAACCGAUUUGAAGUGGACCGCAUUGCUGCUGAUCAUCAGACAAUCCUGCGUGCCUGGGCUGUCAAAGACUUUGCUCCAAACUGCCCCCUGUACGUCCAGAUCCUCAAGCCGGAAAACAAGUUCCACGUCAAGUUUGCAGAUCAUGUUGUGUGCGAAGAGGAGUUUAAGUACGCAAUGCUGGCUUUAAACUGCGUGUGCCCUGGUACCUCAACUCUCAUCACUCUGCUGAUCCACUCCUCCAGAGGACAGACCGCACAUCAAGAGGCCUUUAAGCAACGUGCGGGAGCCUUUCAAGUCCUCAACAGAGAAGGCGGAAGUUCCUCAGACCAGUGGCACCGGACCUACAGACGAUGCUCUGCCAACGAGGUGCAUCACAUUCGCCUGGAAGAAAGCAAAUUCUUUGGGGAAUACCAGGGCAAGAGUUUCACUUUUGCAUCUUUUCAUGCACACAAAAAGUAUGGAGUCUGCUUAAUCGGCGUGCGCAGACUGGACACCACCAACAUCUUGUUAAAUCCUGGGCCUUGUCACAUCAUGGGGGCCUCGGACACCUGCUUCUACAUCAACAUCUCCAAGGAAGAGAACUCUGCGUUUGUCAGGGGUCAGAGGGAACCGUCAUGGGGAGGCACAGGGGGAAAUACCAGAGGAGUGCAGCAGAGUAUCUACCAUGGACUCACACGCCUGCCAGUCCAUAGUAUCAUUGCCAGCAUGGGCACUGUGGCCAUCGACCUGCAGGACUCCAGUGACAGCAGCCCAGAAAGCCAGGACCCAGGAGGCCCGGGGCUAGGGAGUGGAAGAGCAAGCAGAAGCAGCUCCAGGGCUGAAAUGGCCGGCGUCAACACUUUGGCUUUGCCGGCCAUGGGGGAUUCAGCUGAGGAAAGGCGGCACAGCAUCGCCCCCGUCCUGGAGCUGGUGGACGGCGUCAACAAUCCCACCUUUGACCUUCUGGGAGACCAGUCAGAGGACGAAGGAGCAGAGGAGAGCAAGGAUGACAGUGACAGGGAUGAGAGCGCCAACUGGUGGGGCCGACACUGCGAGUGGGUGAAGGGAUACCCACUAAACUCCCCCUACAUCGGUAGUUCCCCUACGUUGUGCCAUCUCCUACAAGAAAAGAUGCCCUUCUGCUGUCUGCGCAUGGACAAGGCUUGCCACCACAUCCCGUUUGAGGAUGCACGUUCCUAUGGCUUCAAAACUAAAUUGAUCAUUGUGUCAGCGGAGAGUGCAGGAAACGGGCUUUACAACUUCAUUGUGCCUCUACGGGCUUACUACCGACCCAGGAAGGAGCUCAACCCUAUUGUGCUGCUGUUGGAGAGCAUACCUGAAGCAGAUUUCCUAGAAGCAAUCUGCUGGUUUCCCAUGGUGUUCUACACAGUGGGUUCCAUUGACAAUCUGGACAGUUUGCUUCGUUGUGGAGUCACGUUUGCCGACACCAUGGUGGUGGUUGACAAAGAGAGCUCCAUGAUUGCAGAGGAGGACUACAUGGCUGAUGCAAAAACCAUUGUCAAUGUACAAACCCUAUUCAGACUGUUCCCGGCGCUCAGUAUCAUCACAGAGCUCACUCAUCCAGCCAACAUGCGCUUUAUGCAAUUCAAAGUCAAAGACCACUACUCCUUGGCCCUGUCCAAACUAGAAAAGAAAGAAAGAGAGAAAGGAUCCAACCUGGUCUUCAUGUUUCGUCUUCCUUUUGCCGCUGGGAAAGUGUUCAGUGUUAGCAUGCUGGACACUCUCCUCUACCAGUCGUUUGUGAAGGACUACAUGAUCUCCAUCUCCAGACUGCUGCUUGGUUUGGACUCCAUGCCUGGCUCAGGUUUCCUUUGUGCUAUGAAAAUCACAGAAGACGAUCUGUGGAUCCGAACCUACGGCCGACUCUACCAGAAGCUGUGCUCCUCCACUGGAGACAUCCCUAUAGGCAUCUACCGAACAGAGGCACACAAGCUUCCAGUGUCUGAAUCUCAGGUAUCCAUCACGGUUGAAGACUACGAGGACACCAGAGAACCCAGAGAGCCCCUUCUGUCCCGCACAGGCGCUCACCGUAACUCCACUUCCUCAGAACCCAUCUCCACCUCCUCCCACUCCUCCGACCACCCGCUGCUUAGGAGGAAGAGCAUGCAGUGGGCUCGGCGCCUGAGCCGGAAAGGGGGCCGAGGGUCCAGUGGGGCCAAAGGGGGUCCAGGCAGUGCAGCGGAGAGGAUCACUCAGCAGAGACUGACCCUGUUCCGACGUUCGGAGCGGCAGGAGCUGAACGCUUUGGUGCGAACGAGGAUGAAACACUUGGGUCUUUCUCCAACUGGAUUCAAUGGGAUGACAGACCAAGGAAACAGACUGUCGUACAUCCUCAUCAACCCCUCCCCAGACACCAGACUGGAGCUGCACGACGUCGUGUACCUGAUCAGACCGGACCCCCUCUCCCUAGUGCCCAAUCAGGGGAGCAGCAGGAAGUGCAGCGCCGGACUAUCAGAGAGCCACAGGUUUAACACGCAGGACAGCACUCAUCUGUGAGAGGCAAAAAGGACUAAAAGUACUCUCACACCAACGACAGAGAGAGGAGGGGGCUCACAAAACCAACAAGAUGGAGAAGCAAAAUCCUCACAGGCAGAAAAGGAGACUGCCAGAUGGCUCACGGCCCUCAUUCUCGGUCUUGCAGAAGUUGCGGCACAGACUGCAUGGACUUUUUCUAUAGAAAUUGGAAUGUUUUUAUUUAUGCACCUUCCUAUUUUCACAUCGGAGACCUGCAACCCAAAAGUGCAUUUAAUGAAGUGUCACAUAUUGCACAUAGUGCAUGUUACCUGAGAUAUCACAUGCAAUGUCUGCAGAGUGGAUACAGCGGUGUGCAAAGGAUGCCUUCUGCUGAGAAAUUUUACAUCAUCAACUGAUUUGGGGCUGCACGGUGGUGCAGUGAUUAGCGCUCUCGCCUCAAAACAAGAAAGCUCUGGCUGGAAUCUCAGCAGGUUUCUUCUCUGUGUGGAAUUUGCAUGUUCUCUCCAUCAUGUGUGGGUUUUCUCUGGGCACUCUGGCUUCCUCCCACAAACCAAAAACAUGCUUAAUAGGUUAACUAAUGAUUAAAAUUGUCCCUUUGGGUAAAAUGUGUGAUUGUGUCACAGACUGUCCAGGGUGAACUCUGCCUUUGCCCAACACUAGAUGGGUUAUCUCCAGUGACCCAGUGAAUCAACUGACCACCAAAGAUGUUUUUCACACUUAAAACAGGAUUAAAAUUGGAUUUAUUUUUAAAGCAAAUUUAAAUUUUAAAGCUCUGUUCACUGGAAAAACUGAAUCUUAAAAAGUAAAAAGGCCUGUGUUUCAAGAAAAAGUUUGAGGCAUAUGUCUUGGUAAUGAGAUAAAAUAAGAAUUCUUAGUAAGCCCAUUUUUUUCUUUGCCCAUUCGCAGAUUUUAUUGCUUAUUUAAAGAAACUCUGGAAAUGGAAUAAGCUAUGACUAUUUACUAUCAACUAAAAAUGUAAGUAAGAGAAAGUAAAUAUGAUGAAAAAUUAAGCUGAAGUUUGGGAAAACCUGAGGCUAUGGGGUGAUAGUUAAGGUUUUAGUUAAAAAAAAUAAAUAAAUACAUAAAAUAACCCUUUUACAAACUAUCCCCUGCAUUUAAAAAGCCUUUAAAGUCCCACAUCAUUUGAUUUUUUUUCAGUGUUCACAGUAGUCUUUUAACCAUAAUUAUGCUAUUUAUAGCCAAAAAUCCAAAUUUCUAGGUCAUAGUUUCUGCAGAGCGGCAUCAUUGGCGUGGAGCAAACGCGUCCCCCCUCUUCCCCUCCCUGGAGCUGCAGAGAGCUCUCCGUUUACAUCCUCUCCCACUGGCUUACAGCCCCUCACAACUCCAACUUAACAUAGCGGUGCAACAAAAUGGGGAGCAAUCUUGGAGCUAUAAAGCCGUACAGUUUGAACCAGAUGCCAGCUCAGACGAGGAAAACAAAGACGUAGAUAGAUCUAUUUGUCUGCAUUUUCAAUUUCACAAAGAAGCUCUUGGAAUUUGGAAUUUGAUUCACACAAUUUCCAUAAAGAAAUCCUCAGAAAUGCUAAGCUUAAUUUUCUUUAUAGGCUAAAGGUCCUCCAUCAUCAGAAAAAUGCCACAAAAACAUGUUAAAACAUCAUUUUCAUCUGUGUGGUUCUUUAACUUUUUUUUGUUUUACACCUCGCAGAAGUGUGUGUUUUAAUCAGAAUUGGCCUGAAUGUUGCACACCGCUGUGUACACUGUGGUGUUUGUGUGUGGAUUAAAAUAAACAUGUUUUUUUUUUUCAUCCGAACUAAGACGCUGCCUAAUUUACCCGGACAGCUAAGGGACUAAAGUUCUGGAUGUUGGUUCCCUUUGUGUUUGUCAAAAUGUUCCGUCAAAGUCCAUGUUCUUUGGGGUUUUCAAAAGUGAAAACAUUCUCCAAACCACUAUUUUCCUUUUUUUCUUUUUGUCAUGAAGCCAUUUUUUAAAAGCGUGUUGCUCCCAGUUUUUAUGCUCACCAGCAGUGGAAGAAUCCAAAGAGCACCAGUCUCUGUUAUGAAGAUGGAGCUUUGCUGUGUCGUUGUAUGAAGGUGUUGAUUGAGUGCCUGAUUUUAUGAACUUCUCUGCUUUUGCUCAUCAGUGAGCCAUCUCUCCACCGGCUUGCGUUUGCUGUUGUGCAUGUUGGAAGUCCUGGGAUUGAACAAAAUACCAAGAACAAACAGCAAACUGUAUUAUAAUAUCAUGUAGGACAACCUCUGUGAAGCAGAAGAGGGGGUUUCAUCCAUUUCAGUGCUGAGUUAUGAGCUUUGCAAGUAAAUAUUUCCUGAAUUCAUUGCACAUUAAAUACAAAAACUUCAACAAGCUCUUUUUUUUUGCCAAUUCAGAGUUGAUAUAUAAUAAAAGCUUUAAGUCCACAAAUUUUUAUUUCUCUUAAAAAAAGAAUAAAACAGAAAAGAUGCAUCA